GGCCGAAUUUGAAAUGUCUCUCUGUUUCUUAUAGGAAGUGCUGUAUAUGGAGUAAUGGCGAAUACACGCGACGGUUCUACUAGAAGGGCUUUGUUUAUGCGCGCUAUGUAGUGCACUAUGAAUCCAACAGAAAGCUAUUUGGGAUUUGACCAUUAUCCGGCAUUGAUGGACGUUGUACACGAGUUGAUCCCACUGUCUGCAAACAUCAUUCUGUCACUCUCGGCUCUGCCUGCUGCUUUUCACCUGUUCAGGGACCACCGAGCUCCCUCAGUGGGUUUUUUCCUGAUUGCCUGCUCUUCAUUUCUGGCUGUUAUCCCUCUGCCCCCAGCUCUGUCACAAGUCCAGAGAGAUCUCGAGUGGGCAGGCGAGAUACUGGGCCCGUCCCUGUCUGCCUUCAGCUUUUUGUGGCUCAGUGAAGAUCGUUGGACUGCCCAUGUACUCCUGAUUGGUACAGCGCUUCUUCCGAUGCUCUCCGAUUGGCUGUCGGAGGACGGCUUGGUGAUCAUGACGCGCUGUGUGUCCUUAUCAGCAUUCUCGUGUGCUCUGACAGUGUGCAUGUUUGCUGCCAGUGGGACUGGUGUGGUGGGCAGUGUGGCCCUCAGCCUUCCUGCUCUUGUGGCCCCCAGGGUCGGAGCUGGCAGCAUGACCUCGCUGAUAUCUUCACAGGGUGCCAGAGGACUAUUGGGGUGGAGUCUGAAAGUCAUCAUGGCUGUUGGGUGCUGGACAACGAAGUCAGCUUUAAAUACAUUCCUCCAGGAUUUGAAGGGCUGGGACCGAACCCUAUGAGUUACCACAACUGGUAAAAUGUUUCUUGAAGCUCUUAAACUGAUUUUGUUUUACAUUACAGUGUGACUCCACAGUGUGCUGCUGUUGCUGUAUACCUCAUAGGACACAGUGAGUUUGCUGGCUGAAACUGUUGCUUACUGAAGCGAUAUUUAUAUACUUGCUACAGCUCAUUUCUCCAUAUCAGCCUUGAUAAUAUAUCAGCUGUCAUCAGGGUAAGUCAACUAGGGCUGAGGAAGGAAUCACAUUCAAAUUUUCAUAUUUAUGUAUUCAAAUGUAUUCAAAAAGUUUGGCCGAAAGGAAGAAAUAACUGCAUAUAACUGAUGAUCGUGUAAUUAAUUUUCAUAAAUUUACUCAUUAAUAUUUUUUUAAAGUGCCUUAAAAGUAAUAUUACUUGUAAGCAUAUAAACAUUUACAACAAUCACUGUUUUUCAACAGUAGCAUCACAAAUUGUGUUCUAUUGCGCAUACAGUGCACUAAGUUGGUUCUUGGUAUACUCUAUAUGAGUGAGCAUAAAUAGUGUACACAAUGCCAUUUGGGAUUGUGCCUAGACAGCAUAAUGCCUUAUAUUAAUUUUGCUUGUAAUGCCUUAUUUUCAUCCUGGGUUCUCUAACUCAACAACUUCCACAACAAGAAUAAACCAUUCAAACUGGGGAAUAAAUCAUAAUCUUACCUGUUCAACAAAAAAAAAUCAGUCCUGAAUUCUUUUCCCUCAUGUAUUGUACUUUAACCAUCUCACACCUGGUUGGCUGCACCUCCUGUCUGUCACUGUGUAGUUUCACUUCUUAUAACAUUUGAUGUAUCUGAGCUAGCGUCUGUAUGCAAAUUUCCGCCAAACCUGACCUCCUGACACAGCACUGCAAAUUACUUUUACAGGAUUGUCAAGGUGGACCUUAUUAGAAAGUGUUUUUUUUUCUCCCAUGACUCUUGAGUUUUUUCUUGACAAAGAUAAACUGUGUACUGUAGCUUUAAGUAAAAAAGGCUUAAAACUCUUUAUUUCUGACUGACCUGGAAUCGUGUUGAUGUAAUGAAGUGUUUGAGACUGAGCUGCUAAUGUUAAAAGUCUUGAGGACUUGUAACAAAUUCUUAAUAAAAUUAUGAAUAAAUAAAUGAAAGAA